CACCGUACCUAGCUAGCUAGCUAUAUCGAUCUUAUAUAUCCCCUCUCCACAUAAAGAAACCACAAAUAUAUAUACACUGGAUCGAUCGAGAUGGAGAGUGGAUGAUAAAAAGGCCACGGGGCCCCAAGAUAUCAGAAGCUGCUUCAUGCAAUUUGGUCGGAGCAGAGGAAGCUCUAGCUGCCAAUAAAGUAGAAGGAGCCAUGGCCGGUGCCGGGGGAGGCGAGUGGCCCUUCUCCGGCGACGAGGACUCCUCGGCGCUGCUAGCCGAGCUGGGCUGGGCGGCCAGCUUCGUCGUCGAUGACUGCACGCUACAGCUGCCGCCGCUGGAGCUCCAUCCGCCGCCGCCGGACGAGGGCGGCGGCGCCGCAGCGUCGUCGAGCUCCAUCGACGAUGGCGCCGCCACGCCGGAGCCAACCGCUGGCGCCGACGGGAAGCCGGCCACCGGCGCGACAGAGGCAGCGAGCAAGCCGGCACCGGCGCCGGGGAGGAAGGGUCAGAAUAAUGGUAAUAAGAGGGCACGGCAGCCGCGGUUCGCCUUCAUGACCAAGACGGAGAUCGACCACCUCGAGGACGGCUACCGCUGGAGGAAGUAUGGCCAGAAGGCCGUCAAGAACAGCCCAUUUCCAAGGAGCUACUACCGGUGCACGAACAGCAAGUGCACGGUGAAGAAGCGCGUGGAACGCUCCUCCAACGACCCCUCCAUCGUCAUCACCACCUAUGAGGGCCAGCACUGCCACCACACCGUCACCUUCCCCCGCCACCAUUUCUCGCCGCACCAUGGCCAUCACCUCCUCUACAACGACGAGCACCCGCUGCCGCCGAUGCACGGGUGCUCGUCGUCGUCGUCCUCCCUCUUCUGCAGGCCGUCGCCGUCAUCGUCAUCGUCAUCGCUGCUGCAGCAGCUGCACUGCAACAGGCAGGAGCUGCAAGCGGCGGCAAGCUACACGACGGCGAGUAGUACAGUUCCUGCCGUUGACAAGGGGCUUCUGGACGACAUGGUGCCACCGGGGAUGAGGCAUGGAUGAUAGUGGAUCAACGAUAUCGAUCGCCCGCUAAGCUAGCUAGCUUGAUUAAUUCUUAGCUAGUUAUUAUGCAUAUAUUUAUGCAUGGAUGGAUGGAAUCAACAAGUUAUUUGUUUGUUGUUGCUUCUGAUUAAUUGGGCCUGGAUAAGAGUACUACAUUUAUAGGGUAAUUAUAUAUGGUGGCACAUAGGUAUAUUUAGUUAUAUGUGGUUAUAUAUUUUGGACAUCUCAUUGUUGUUUAUUAAGCAUAUGCAUAAUGUAUUAAUGAUAUAGAUAGUUUGGAAUAAUUGACAUUAUUUGUAUCAACUGGUGUAUGUAUGGUUUAUGCAAAUCCGGAUCAGUGAUUUAUGAUAUAUUCCGAGCUUGCAUUGUUGA